AAGAGAAGAGCCAGAAGGGAAUUCUACCAUUUUGUUUUUGUUUAAAAAAAAAAAAAAAAAAAAAAAAAAAGCGUACGGUCAAACAAACCUUGCAUAUUUUUGAAAAUUCCCGCAUAUUUUAACUGCCCAUCCAACGCAACAAACAAACCCAUAAAAAACAAAAACAACCAAAAGCCACCUCAUAAUCCCAACAAAAACCUCGUUCCCAAACACACCCACUUUCUCUCUCUCUCUCUCUCUCUCUCUCUCUCUCUCUCUCUACACUCCACGGCAGCCUCGCCGCCAAUUCUUGGAAUUCCCGGCGACGGUUGAGUUUGAAACUGAAAAAAAAAUGUUGCCGUAUCAGAGUCUCGCGGAGGCAACGUCGGCGCUCGGCCGGAACCUUACGUUCGCUGAAACGUUGUGGUUCAAUUACUCUGCUAGGAAGUCCGAUUACUUCCUAUACUGCCACAACAUUCUGUUCCUCUUCCUAAUCUUCUCCGUCGUUCCUCUCCCUCUGGUUUUCAUCGAGCUCAUGCGGAUUGCAGGCUUCGAUAGGUACAAGAUUCAGCCCAAGGUUAGAUUGUCUUUCUCCGAGAUGUCCAGAUGCUACAAAGAUGUUAUGCGCAUGUUUUUCCUCGUCGUUGGUCCUCUUCAACUCGUCUCUUUCCCUUCUGUAAAGAUGAUUGGGAUUAGAACGGGAUUGCCGUUGCCAUCUGGGUGGGAGAUUCUUUCACAGUUGUUGGUUUAUUUUGUGGUAGAGGACUAUACCAACUACUGGAUCCAUAGAUUUCUGCAUAACAAAUGGGGAUACGAGAAAAUUCAUCGAGUACACCACGAAUACGCUGCUCCAAUUGGGUUUGCGGCGCCGUAUGCUCAUUGGGCAGAGAUACUGAUCCUCGGGAUCCCAUCUUUUCUUGGGCCGGCUAUGGUUCCUGGCCACAUGAUCACAUUCUGGUUAUGGAUAGCUUUGAGGCAGGUUGAGGCGAUUGAAACUCAUAGUGGGUAUGACUUUCCCUGGAGUAUCACAAAGUAUAUUCCAUUUUAUGGGGGUGCUGAGUAUCAUGAUUACCAUCACUAUGUUGGCGGACAAAGCCAGAGCAAUUUUGCGUCAGUUUUUACCUACUGUGAUUACAUUUAUGGAACUGACAAGGGAUAUCGGUACCAGAAGAAGAUCCUCAAGAAGUUGAAAGAGGAAUUAGAAAGCAGUGAUACGCAGAAUGGAGGCUCAUACCAUAUUUCUACUCAAAGUCUUAAAUCUGAUUAGCUAUGAGACUUCAGAACACUAUCUGCAACAAUGCCCAUUAGUAUGCUUCUCGCCAGUGACAACUCUCAGAAAAGAUCUGAUUUCAAGUUGACAUGAUAAUGUUAGUCCAGUAAAUAUAAGUCUUUAGUGGCUCAGAUUGAGAUUAACUCUGUUCUUUGCAACUUUAAUUUUGUGUAGCCUGAGGGGGGAUAUCAAAUUUUCAGAUUGUAAGGUUCAGAAUUUCAAUUUAUGAAACUGGGAUCAUUGGCUUGCGACUUGAAAUUUGUAGUGUUGGCAUUUUAGCUCAAUUCCUAAAGUUGACACUUGGGCAUUGUCAUGCAGUUUUAGUGACUAUGAGUAUGCGUCUUGCAGGACAGUUGGGUACAUUACUUUUUGCCUAUCUGAAGAUAUAUAACAUUUAUGGGGGGAAAAAAAUAGUUUAUUGACAAAUAUAGUGCGCCUGUAACUAAUAUGUUACUUUGACAUAUCAGCAGGAGCACACAGAGUUUCUGAAACGACAGGACUUAUGACCUCUCCAUACAAAGAGUUCUAUUAUAUAGUUGUUGGUUGCAUAGGUCCGCUUACGAAUCAGAUAUUUAGUUUUGUAUUAAUUGGAAGACGACCUUGAAUUAAAUGUUGCUUUUAAUGUGAAUUGAAUCUGGAUUUGUUGAAGAUCCGUGGAAAUCUAUACAAAUGGAAACGUGCUACAUAUGAUUUAAGCGUUUGUUGAAAA